UUCCGCUCAUGUAACUGCGGAUAUUUUUCCAUCGAACGUUACAGCAUCCGAUGUCCUCAAUUCAUCUCGCCCCUGCCCUCCGCUAAGGGGCUCGUCGAUCGGUUCGCAAGAUGCUACCCUCGUCGUCUCCCGAACUCCUCCAUAGACUCGAAGAGUCAGGCUCGCAAAGCACUGACGAUGCGUCUACACACCUCACGCCCUCCGACGGGGAGUCGGACGACGGACUUCCGAUGAUAGAUGGGAUGUAUGAGGGAGAGAGCUACCAGUUAAUGACUUUGCCUAAGGGCGGCAAUGCCUCAUCAAGGAAUGAUACUUUGGGAGUACCACAAGAAGAGGGAGCAGGCGAAGACGCGGCAUUCUUGCCGAGUCCGCAACGUUUUUCUAUGAGCUCGGUACAGAGCUAUGAGAUCUAUACCCCAGACGAGAAUCGGGCUGUGUUGAAGAAGCUGGACAGGCGGCUGGUGCUUUUUAUGGCGCUGUUGUAUUGCUUGAGCUUUCUGGACCGGUCAAACAUUGGCAAUGCACGAAUAGCAGGUCUUGCAAAGGACCUCCAUUUGGGCUCGCAGCAAUAUGAAUGGCUGCUGUGGGCUUUCUAUAUUACUUAUAUUGCUUUCGAAUGGAUGACAUUAAUGUACCGCAUAGUCCCUCCGCAUAUCUACAUAUCUAUCUGCAUAUUAUCCUGGGGCAUCAUAGCUUCCCUUCAGGCCAUUUCUACUUCUUUUGGCUUCUUAUUAGCUCUCCGAGCUCUUCUUGGAGUUGGAGAAGCUGCAUUUGGACCCGGUGUUCCCUUCUACCUGUCCUUCUUCUUCCGGCGCGACGAAUUAGCGUUUAGAACAGGACUGUUUAUAUCCGCUAGCCCGCUCUCGGCAUCUUUCGCAGGCGCUCUUGCAUGGGUCAUCACGAAACUAGGAGAGCAUGGACCGCUCAGCCCUUGGAGGCUACUAUUCCUCAUCGAAGGAUUCCCGAGCAUUUUAGUUGCGGUUUGGGCUUGGGAUCUCAUUCCUGAUGGGCCUGGGACGGCGAAGUUUUUGAGCCCGAGACUGCAAGAAGUCGCAGUGCUCAGGCUGAGGCAGGAGAAGGAAGACGAGGAGGAGGGCUACGAUGGUGAGAAGCAUGAGAUUGGAAGGGAACAACGCAGGGGCGUGGUACUUUACGAAGUUCUGCAGACCCUCGUGGACCCUAAAUGCUACCUCACAGCUUUUAUGUUCUUCAGCUGCAACGUAGCGUUUAGCUCCAUGCCGGUCUUUCUACCAACCAUCAUCAGAGACAUGGGCCAUUCCUCAGUCAUGUCUCAAGCUCUCUCCGCUCCACCCUAUCUCUUUGCUUUCGUGGUAGUGCUCAUUACGGCAUACAUCUCGGACCUCUAUCAAACUCGCUCAGCCUGCAUUAUCUUCCACUCUCUCCUCGCCUCCGCUGGCUACACCACCAUCGCUAUCUCCGGCUUUUACGAGUCGCCCAACACCACAAUCCGCUACCUAGCUCUGUACCCCGCUGCUGCAGGCUUCUUCUCCGCCAUCACAAUCAUCAUCACAUGGACCAUCAACAAUCAAGAAAGCGACAGUAAAAAAGGCACCGGAAUGGCCAUGCUUAAUAUUAUCGGGCAAAUGGGCCCACUGGUUGGGACCAGCAUCUUUCCAGAGGAAGACGGUCCGUGGUACGUUAGAGGUAUGGGGGUUUGCGCGGUGUUCAUGCUUAUGGUUGGAGUACUGGCGGCGGUUCUGAGAGUUUUGCUGGGGAUCCAGAACAACAUGAUCCAGAAAGCGAAGAAGGGUCGAGGUGGUGAGUAUGCUGGCGUUCCUCUCGAGGAGGGAGGGAUUGUGAAGGCUUUCUUUCUUCGUUGGACUUCCAGCAUGGAUGGAUCGAAGUUCAACGCUGAGACAAGCGAGCGGCCAAGCUCGCUGGUCGAUUCCUCAAAGGCCAACAAAUCGCAAGACAGCAUCCAAAUGAACGGCCCUGAGGAAUCCGAAAAAUCGUCCCUGGAUGCCCGCACACCAAAGAUUGCUAUCAGCAACGAAGGCCCUGUCAACGACUUCAAGCUAGAGAUCGAUACGGAGAAGGGGCCGGGGAUCCCAAGGGGUGAGGCGGAGUCGAUCCGCUUCGAUGGUGAUGAAGAGGAUCCUGCCGUUCCAAUUUCUUUCCAGAGAUCGACGAGCCCGGCGGUCAUGCAGUGGAAUAAAGGAGCUGCGUAUGAGAAGGUGGGCGAGGAUGGAAUUAAUAGGAUGUAUAAGUUCUCUCUUUACGAAACUAGCGCCAGGUUCUAUUUGGUGGGGGCCGACAUCAUGGACAAGCAUUACCGGGUCUUGAAGAUUGAUCGGACAGCACCUCCCGGGCACUUGAAUAUCUUCGAAGAUGACAUUGUCUACGACAAGCGGGAGAUGAACCAACUUCUCAACGCAAUUGACGAUGGCAAUAAGGGCUCUGGAGGCAUGAAGCUUAAGUGUAGUAGCUGGGGUCUUUUGGGCUUUAUCAGGUUCACAGAAGCUUACUAUAUGCUGCUCAUCACUAAGCGACAACAAAUGGCGAUGAUCGGAGGCCACUAUAUUUUCCAAGUCGAUGGCACGGAGCUCAUUCCACUCACCACAGGCUCAACAUCUCGUUUCCAAAAAGACCGGAACCCAGAAGAAGCAAGGUUUCUGAGCAUCCUCAAUAAUCUGGACCUCACACGAUCUUUCUACUUCAGUUAUUCUUACAAUAUCACUAGAAACCUUCAACAAAACAUCAUCCGAGAACGAGAAGCUUUAACCCAAGGUCGGAAACCCCCAGCUCGUGACUUUCAAGAUAUGUUUGUAUGGAAUCACCACUUGCUGGAGCCUGCACGCGUAGCUUUGAAAAGUGUAUAUGACUGGUGCCACCCAAUUAUUCAUGGUUUCAUUGAUCAGUCACCUCUGGACGUUUUCGGCCGAAAGGUGUAUAUCACCGUCAUAGCAAGGCGGUCACGAUUCUUCGCAGGCGCACGCUUUCUCAAACGUGGAGCGAAUGACCUAGGAUACGUAGCGAACGAUGUAGAGACGGAGCAAAUCCUUUCUGAAGGCCUUACCACCUCCUUUCAUGCCCCUGGGCCUCGACUUUUUGCGAGCCCGACCUACACGUCUUACGUGCAGCACCGAGGAAGUAUUCCGCUGUAUUGGACACAAGACAGCACCGGUGUCACACCAAAACCAGACAUCGACUUAAACCUCGUGGACCCUUUCUACAGCGCCGCCGCCCUCCACUUUGAUAACCUUUUUGAGAGGUACGGGGCACCUGUGUAUGUCCUGAAUCUUAUCAAAGCGCGAGAACGGACACCAAGGGAAUCGAAAUUGCUCCACGAGUAUCAGGACGCCAUCAGGUACCUCAACCAGUCACUUCCUGAUGACAAGAAGAUUCUGUAUGAGGCAUUUGAUAUGGCGAGGGCGUCCAAGACGCGAGGUCAAGAUGUAAUUCAGACUCUGGAAAAGCUUGCCGAGAAGGUGCUUCAAAAGACAGGCUUCUUCCAUAACGGAGACAGCAAUUUCGACACCCCACAAGUGCAAAAUGGAGUUGCAAGGACUAAUUGCAUUGACUGCCUAGACAGAACGAAUGCUUGUCAGUUCGUGGUUGGAAAGCGCGCCCUUGGUCGACAGCUUCAAGCCCUUGGGGUUAUUACAGGAAAUACAGUGGAGUACGACACAGAUUGCGUCGAUAUUUUCACCAGGAUGUUCCAUGGACACGGAGACGAAAUCGCAAUACAGUACGGAGGCUCUCAUUUAGUUAACACUAUGGCUACCUAUCGCAAGAUAAACCAUUGGCAAAGCAGUUCACGAGAUAUGGUCGAGAGCUUCAAACGCUACUAUCACAACUCCUUCCUAGAUUCACAGCGGCAGGAAGCCUACAACCUCUUCCUUGGAAUCUACACAUUCGCUCAAGGCCAGCCUAUGCUGUGGGACCUGGCGACAGAUCACUAUCUCCACCAUGCGGACCCACGAUCCUGGCUGUACAAGCCACGGCGAAACUACAUUAAUUGGUACAACCCGGGGAAUCUCGAGCCUCGCUCGCUUCCUGCUUCAAUGAGACCGAUCAGGAAACAGUUACAGCUCACUCAGAAGGGUGGUGUCAGUCUGUAUGACGACUACUGGCUCGAAUAUUAUCGUCCUCUCGCCAUAUCUUCCUUCCUCAAAAUCUUCGCCUUUCGAUUGAACUCGCCUUCACGGCAUGCCUCCGAUAAAUCCCUCCCACCUCGUGACCAAGAUCUCUCACCUUUUGUCAUCCGCCGGAGACAACACGACCAAGACUCCCCUGGCAAAGUCGAAAAGAAGCCUCCGCGCAAAGGCGUCACCAUCGUCGAUCCAUCCAGCGAGACAGACACCCGCGACGGCCUGAAUCUAAAUCUGCGACGACGAAAAGAUAACCUUCUUCAUCAACCCGAAACCAGCUCGCCUAUCAAGCAAUCCAUACUACGAGACCCGCAUUUCGAAACCCAGAUGCCGUCACCCUCUGCACCCGUUAAAAGUGACAUCUUCCACUCCCUCUCAAACUUCACGUCUACAGGUCUCUCUACCUCAUUCCAAAAGCCAUUCAAACCCGCCGACAAAGCUCUCAUCAACCAAUGGACUCUCGCCCAAUUCCAUGAAAACAGUCUGAACCCUAGCGUCACCGUAGCAGAAGAAGACGAAUACUGGCGCUACAUCGAGCAUCCCUUGAACCUACCACUCGUCGUGAGCACUGAGACGCCGAGUGCCGAUGACCCAGCCGCAUUGGAGUUCUACGAGUAUCUGAGUAUGAGUGAAGGAGGAGUAGGGGGAGGUGGCGGCGCGCAGAGCGACGCAGCGAGUACGAGGCCUACGACCGCGGACGCGCUUAGGACGCCAGUUGAUGCUGAUUCGGCGUCGGUUCGGUCACUGCCUUUAUCGCGGCCGACAUCUUCUGCUGGGUUGUCGAUUAAUAUACCAUUCUCACAUCCUCAUUAUCAUCUUCAUCCCCAUUCCCAUUCCCACACCCAUCUGAACCACCACCUCCACCUCGAUACCCACACCCACACUCAAUCUCAAUCCCAAUUUCACACGUUCAAUGGCUCCACCAACCCCGCAACCAGAUUCCAGGUUUCAGACGAAGACAUCGAAGAAUUUGAAGAAUUCCUCAAAGUCGCUGAGAACCCAUUAGACGUGUUAGAGGAAGAUGGGGGGAAGAAGAGGUAUAAGGCUUACAGGCAAUGGUUGAAAGGGAAGAGCUUUUUUAAGCAGAGUAAGGUAGAUCCCGAGUGGCAGCAGAAUCAGUUGCCUGUGAGGUGAAGUAGAUGGAACAAGGAGAUUGAGGUCGGGUGGGGUAUGGAGUAUAUGGAGGGGGAUGAGGUCUUCGCAUCAUCAUAGCGUUGGUAUCAGGAAUGCGGUGUUUUGUUGCACGCUUGUAGGACACUUCCCAGUUAUAUGGAUUUGGGGUGUUAUCGACGGAAAGUGUUAUAAACUUAGAUACCAGAAGUAUGCG